UCCGGCUAUCACUUCCCCCCGCUUUUUUAUAUUUUUGACAUUCAGAAUGCCCCUCUCUAAAAUUGUCGAUGUUGCAGACACCAUCGGAAAUACGCCGGUGGUGCGGCUGACCAACGUCGAAGGAAUCGGGGCCACGUUUCCGGUGGAGCUGAUCGGUAAGCUCGAGUACAUGAACCCAGGAGCAUCAAUCAAGGACCGGGUGGCCAAGCACAUUUGCCAGCAGCUCGACCAGAGGCAGAUUCCCAAGGACGCGCUGCUGAUAGUGGCAGGGCCGGGCAACCUGGCAAUCAGCCUGGCGAUGCUGCAGCGACGGCUCCUUGACCGCAUCCAUUUGUUGAAGGCGUCGGGGAUCACGGACAUAGUGCGGACGCUUGACGGGGCGCUGCCGGGAUCCAGCGAGCACCCGGUGGAGAUUGGCAAGCGGAUCAUGCAGCAGCGGCCGGGAUCGGUGUAUGUGGACGAGGAGCUCGGGGACUGGGAUCUGAGCCAAUGCUACCAGGAGCUGGCGGACGAGAUCAUCGAGCAGACAGAUGGGCAGCUGGACGCACUGGUGCUGGGCGUGGAUACGGGCAAUGCGGCCACGCAUCUGUCGCGGGCACUGAAGCAGAAGCUGCCGCAGCUGCAGGUGGUCGGGGUGGAGCCAAAGAACUCGGCCAUUGGCGAGGACUCCCGGGCCAACCCGCUGGCCAAGCGCUGGCUGUGCGAGGACAUCGGGCGGGUGUAUGCGCCGCGGGCGCUGGCGGCCAACGCAAUCGACUUUUGGGUUCAGAUCAGCGACACGGUUGCGUAUUCGAUGGCGCGGCGGCUGAUCCGCGGCGGGAUCACGGGCGGGCCGUCCUCGGGCGCAUCGGUGGCAGCGGCGCGCAUGUACGCGGUGGCCAAUCUGCAGAUGGGGCAGCGCGCGCUGGCUGCGCAGCAGGACAAGUACCGCGCAGCGUCCAUCGAGGACUUGCAGCUGCCGGCGGCGGUCACGGUGUCCGAGUCGGAGCCGAUUGCCAACGCCUGUCGGGCUGAUGCUCGAGCACGACUUCUCGCAGGUGCCCGUGACCGGCCGUGGACGCAAGCUGAUCGGACGCUGCUGGGCAACGGCGUGGCGAAGCCCAGUGAGCCUACGCCGCUGCAUGACCUGUCGAAGUUCUUCGAGGUCCACAGCGUGGCCUUCGUCACCGACUACUCGCGCAAGUUCUGCCUGGGCAUUGCGACCAAGCAGGACCUGCUGAAUUUCCUGGCCCGCCGCAACACCAGCCAUUUCUAG